UCAAAUGCGGACUGGAUUUCACAUGUAUGGUCACCUAGACACUUCACCUUUUAAAACAACAAUGCUAUAAACAUUAAAUACUUAUUCUCUUUCACCCAAAUUGGAAUUUUUUCGCGGAUUGAAUGGGCAGAGUGUUGGACAGAUCCCCGGGACAUUUAAAUAUUAACUGUCUGUGAGUGUGGCUCCGUCCCAACGUGGCUCAGUGUUAGUUGUGCUGUAUGAUCAAACACUCGAGGAGACAUUGAAUGCUCAAAGAAAGGAUUAAACAGCAGGCCAGGAUCGUUGUGGAGUUCUAUGUUUUGCUGUGUACUUUAAAUACUUCACAACAGUAUAUGCGUUUAAAUGUUAUGGACAUUUUGUGAUGGUGUUUUAUUCGUGGGAAAAAAAUAAUUCGUUUGCGAUUUAAUAUUGUUGGUCGUGUAGAGGAAAAUGUAGCUAAUUGGGAGAAUGUGCUUCUGCAGAGUGACCACAUGACGUGAGGAAAAUCAGCAGGAAACGCUAAACAGGUUAAUAGCCUAUCAAGGGAGGUAAUAAAUCAACCAUGGCGACCUACAACCACCUCGAAUACUACAGCAAUGGUUAUGUGGUGGAAUACGUGGAGAAUGGAUCUCUGCCUUGUUCCAGUUACAUCCUUCUACCAGCCGAAAACCUGUGGCCGAAGGCAUUCAGAGGAUUCCUCUAUAUUUUAGCAAUUGCAUAUAUAUUUUUAGGAGUUGCAAUAGCAUCGGACAUCUUUAUGAGUAGUAUAGAAGUUAUCACAAGUAAAAAGAAAAAAGUAGUGUCAUGGGACGAAGAGAAGCAGGUGAAGGUGGAAAGGGAGGUGCUGGUAUGGAACGAAACUGUGGCCAACUUAACGCUUAUGGCACUUGGAAGUAGUGCACCGGAAAUAUUAUUAGCCGUUAUCGAAACUGCCAAGAAUUUAGGAAAUCAAGAAGUUGAAGAUUCUUUAGGAACAUUUACAAUUAUAGGAAGUGCUGCUUUUAAUCUACUAAUUAUAACCAGUAUAUGUAUAGUGAGUGUACCUACUCCUGAUGUGAAAAACAUUCGUGAGUUUGGUGUGUUCUUAUUAACAGCAGCCUGGUCCCUUUGGGCCUAUGUUUGGAUGUUACUGGUGGUACAGUAUAUAACGCCCGGGGUCAUAGAUCCCUGGGAGGCAUGGGUCACACUCGGAUACAUGCCCUUAUUUGUGAUCGCGGCGUACUGUCAGGAUAGUGGUUGGUGGUGCAAGAAAAAGAAAGUCACAUCGGAGGAAGACCCAUCUGAUGAGAAUGUGAGGAUCAUGACCCACCAGGCGAGGAAGGGAUCCUUGACCGGCCAUGCUAUCCCUGGCAAAGAGCUACACGUCCUGGAGGCAGAGAAACAGCAGCGUCUCAGUCCUGAAGAGAGGCAUGUCAACGGUGAAGUUUGUAUGACACCGGAAUCCGACUCCGUCAACACCUCUACCAAUAUAUCUGUCCAUUUUGACAAUGAAAGCCACAAUGAUAAGGGAACAGCGGGAGCAGACCAGGGAUCCGUCUCCGAACGCCUCAAUGUGGAAAAGAGCACCAAGGAGCCCCAAGCCUUUGCUCGUGCCAGUAUCCAGAAGGAAGAUGAACUGUCUGAUCACGGGUCAUCCGAGUCGUUGUUACAUGACUAUAUUGAAAAGACAAGCAUGGCCGUGCGAGCUCAAUUCCGUCAUGCUGUUGUUAGUGCCAUGACUGGAAACAAGAAAAUGAGAACUGGCAGCGGAAAAGCUUCGGCGAGAUUUGCAGAGGUUGUCCAGACUGUCCAGAACAUCAACAUCAAGGGCAAGAUGCCUACUGGCGAGCUGUUUGGAAAGUUUACAUUUGCCUCCGACCGUUACGCCGUACUGGAGAGCACUGGCACUUUAGAUGUGGAUGUUCUGUUCCACAGGAACCUUCCUUCUGACCAAGGGAAGCCUGGAAGUAAGCCACAGAUUGCAAAUGGAGAUGCCGGAGCUGCGAAGGGAGGUAAGGUGGCACCAUCGUCUGAGUCAGAGCAGACGUUUACUGGGGACGUGACAGUGGAGUAUGAGACGAGGGAAGGAUCAGCCAAGGCUGGCAAGGACUUCAAGUACACUCAAGGGUUCCUCACAUUCAAGGAGAAUGAGUUCACCAAGUCCAUUACAAUCCCCGUCAUCAAUGACCAGCAGUUUGAGAGUGAUGUUGACUUCUACAUCAUUCUGAAGAACCCCAACAACGGCAGUAACAUUGGCGACCCAAGUGUCACCAGGGUUACCAUCGUGGACGAUGACGAGCCUGGGGAGUUUCUGUUUGAACACCCUCACUGCUAUGCAGAUCUGAAGUCGGGCAAAGUGAGUUGCCGGGUGGUGCGGGAGCAUGGCUUUGAUGGCAAGGUCACCAUGGAAUACUCAACCAUUGAUGGUACUGCGCCAGGGGGUAAAGAAAUCGGAGCCAAUGCUGACUACGUCCACACUGAGGGCAUUUUGACCUUUUCUCAUGCUGAGACCAGCAAAACUAUUGAAAUCAACAUUAAAAAGGAUGCCAAGGGUUCCAAAAACUUCAUCAUUGCCAUAAAGAACCCCAGUCUGGGGGCUAAGAUAGGGCAAAGGAGUGCCACUGUGUGUCACAUCAACAAAGAAUCUGUGGAUGACCGAAUUGCAGACGUCAUGAACGCAGAGGCAGAGGGAGAGGAAGAAGAUAUCAGCUGGGGAGCCCAGUUUGUCAGUGCCCUAACCAUUGAAGGAUCCACUGAUGAGGACGGAAAUGAGGUGAAUCCAAGCUGUGUUGAUUACUUGUUACACUUCCUCACCAUUCUGUGGAAGGUGAUCGGGGCCUGUGUCCCUCCCACGAAAUAUCUUGGAGCCUGGCCUACCUUUGUCCUGUCCCUGUUAUACAUCGGAGCUCUUACGUUUCUAGUGGAGCAGCUUGGCCAUCUGAUUGGCUGUGUGGUUGGUUUGAAGACAAGUGUAACUGGCAUCACCAUCAUCGCCCUGGGAACGAGCUUACCAGACACGUUUGCCAGCCGAACUGCAGCAAGACAAGACGAGCAUGCAGACGCAGCCAUAGGCAAUGUGACAGGUAGUAACAGUGUGAAUGUUUUCCUGGGGUUGGGCUUGCCCUGGGUCCUCAGCACCUCCUACGGACUGGCCACAGGUACGGAAGUGAAGGUACCGGCGGGGAACCUCACACAGAGUGUCAUCAUUUUCACCAUACUUGGCUUCCUGUGUAUCAUUGUCCUGAUACUGAGGAGAAAGUUUGUAGGUGGAGAGCUGGGAGGAGCCAACCCCUACGUGAAAUGGGGAACUAGUAUUCUGUUGUUAGUGUUCUGGUGUAUCUACAUCCUUCUGUCCAGUCUCAAAGCCUACGACGUUAUAUCGCUAUAGACCCACUCAGCACAUCAUACCUCUACAGCUGUUAUUGAGACUGUUGAAAGAAGGCACAGAGGCUACCUCUCCCCGACGGGGGACAUACCUAAUACCAGGCUACUACCGGGGGUUUACACCUGGAUAUUACCUUGGAAACAAGGGGUACUUUUGGUAGCUAUUGAGGAUCUCUGUGAAAGUGACACUGUGAGAAAAAAUCAAUGUGAUGAUAACUCUUGUUAAACUUAACACGUUCCAUAUCCUAUUCCGAUUCCGUUUUGGUUGAGGCUCUCACUAGUGAGAUGGGAACUGUGAAGUCAGUCAGUGGUAGAAGGGGAAUAACUCCCACUCACAGGACAUCACAAGCUUUCCUUAGGAAAUAUACUCUUGAACCUGCACGUUGAUUUAAAUAGAUUAUUUUGUGGAUUUGCUGCUGGUAUGCAGUUAACGAUGAGAUAUUUCCUGCUGUGAUUUCAACUGAGACGCAACUUCGGCAAUGUAUGGAGAGUACGUACGUUAACCCUGUUACAUUGAAAAGACGUCCGGGUGUGCGAGUCUGUGCCAAACACCUGUCCUUUAUAAGUGCUGGUCGACAAGUUAAGAGAAGUUAAUUAUAUUUUUAACAAUAAUGUCCAAUAUCUAUCUGCAUUUAGUGAUUAACAGACAAAUACACAAGUAAGUGUAUAUACUCCGACGGUAUUGGACUCGUUAAAAAAGGGAGAUGGAGAAUAAUGGCUGUUACUUGAUUAUCGUUACAUUUUGAAGUUUAUGCAAAUGUUCUGCUCCAUGUCAUCUUUAUGAAGUUAUAAGCACAUUGUUACAAGGGUUUCUUGUAGCUGUGUUAACAAGGUAGAUUCUAGUUUGUAGAUAUAACUUAUUAUGAAGCUGAACAGCAUCGUCUGUAGAGGAAACAUAACUAGAUGUUGAUUAAUGCAAGUGCUAUUGUGCGUGUUCUUUUGAAUCUUAUUUCUGUAAAAUUCCAUUUUUAAAGUAUUUCAACAUGUAUAUAAAUGUAAAUAUGUCCCGAAAUAAUUAUUAUUGAAACCUGAGCUGUUGAAAAUGGUCAGAUAUUUGUUAACACUCUAGAGGAUGAUUCAAGCACAUACCAUUUGGUUCUAUAAAACUUUCAAGGUCAUUUUUGAUUUGUGAUGUCAACCAAAAUUAAAUCUAUAAAUAAAUUCAUAUGAACAACUUGAUAGUAUGUCUAUAGAUACAAAACUACAAAAUGAUACACAUUAUGUCCUGAAUAUCAAGUUUCAGACCUGAAAAGUAUGGCACCGAUUCAUUCUUUGUGCUGGUAUGCCUGUCAAAUAUAUAUAUACUUACACAUGUAAAUAUAUAUAUAAAUCUGGUAUGUACCGAUACGAUACCUGUGUAUAUUAAUAUAUUAAAAUUAAAUUUGAUACCUGUCAAAAUCAGGUAUUGUAUAUACAGGUAUUGUUUUAUAUGUAUCUAUAUGAUAUCCAAUGAGUGAUGGUAGGUUAUGAUAUAUAAACAACACAGUAUAUUCUAAUCUUCAAGCUGCGGAGAGUAGUAGAUUAUCUUGAAGAAUAAACUGACAAAAUUUCAUAUAAAUCAUAAUCAAUUAUCAUGAGUUAGACCUGUCAGAAUUAUCCCAUAAACAAUAUAUUUCAAAAAAUAAACAUCAUUAUGAAACCGUUUGAAACACAUGAUUUGGAAUUCAGUUCAAUUUCGUGCAAGGCAUGACGUCAUGAUUGAAGUUUGCCGUCAAAAAGUAUAUGUCAUAUGUCAUGCCGCAUUAUGUUAUUUCUCAAAUUAUAAAAAAAAAAUGAUUGUCUAUAGUGAUGAAACCUGUAGCAGUUAUGGGAUAAGCAUUAAUAUGAUAUCUAUGUAUAAAUAUAUAUAUAUAUAAAUACGAUACCUGUGUAUAUAUGUACGACACACAUCAAAAUCCAACUGUGAUAUCCUGUUUAUUUUUGUAUACCGUGUUUUCUACUGGUUUUGUGUUUGAGGUGUGAUGUAAAUAUAUCAAAGCAACUAUGCUAUUUUAUUUUAUUUUCAAGUGAUUGCUAAUAUUUAUUGAGAACAAGAGUUUAUUAAUUAAAAACGGUUAUUGAUUAUGUAUAUGAAAAAUAAGAUUUGUUUUUAUUUGCAGAUAUAUUAUGUUACUGACUAUUUGAAAUCUGCAAAGCAGUAUUGAUGUAGAUGUUAUUUAUUAGAAGAUUUUUUUUGUAUUGGUUUUUGCAUCCACACAUUUUGUUACGAGAGUUACUGUCCUUGAUUGAGAAUGAAUUACAUUUGAAAUGGCAUAAUUUUGACAUUUAUAGAGAUUAUUUGUCAAUCAAAAAUUAGAGACAGGACAUUGGUGAAAUGCCCCUCUCGUUUAAUGGUAGUUAUGCUUUCUUUUCUUUGUGCUAGUCAACAAUGUGAGUAGAGAUAUAGAGUCAUUUAGACUUAAGUGAAUCAAUACUCACAAACUUAUUGGUAGAUAAAACGCUGAUCAAUAAGUCCGAUCCUACAUCAGCGGUCGUAGAUAAAACGCUGAUCAAUAAGUCCGAUCCUACAUCAGCGGUCGUAGAUAAAACAAAGUAUCAAACAGAACUCAUUAGACCUAUUUUCAAAAAUUAGAAAUUAUUCUUUAAUAUAGUGCACUGUUUAAUGUGCUAUUUUGUGAUAACUCGUGAUUAUUGACGUUAAUCAGAAGGUACCUUUGUAUUAGAGUAGAUUUUCCCUGUAUAACACCCAAGUUAUUAACACAAUGUGGACGUCCACAGCGAUCCUCUUAUCUCAUAUCUCGUAUCAAGGAAUGGUUAAGUUUAUGACUUUUUUGUUUUGUUUGUGAACAACAAGCCGGUCAACAACAGACUUGAUCUCUGUGGUAGAAGGACCAACAAAGUUGUUGCGGUGUCCGGGUGGUUUUAGUUUUAUUUAUACGUGAUUAUUCUAUCAUAGAACUACAUGUAGUGUGUGGUUCCUCCACCAGUGUCUAAUGUGCUAGCAGCAUAACGACCAAGGCUUGUUCUGUGAGGGAGGCCUUGAUACAAAUUCUGCAGCCUGAUAGCCAUAAGCCAAAGAACACUUCCUUGUAAAACUGAUGCAAAUCUUUUGAAUCAUUUUUUUCAAUUUUGCAAAUUGUCAUUUCUCGUCAACGUUUGUCACUAUUAACACAUCCUAUUUUUUGCCAAAGAUUAUUUGUUGGUUGGUACCUAUUUUUUAAACAGUUUUGGGAAUAAUUAAGUUUACCAGAAAUGUUUGUUAGUUGUAGUGUAUGAUGAGAUCACACUGCUACCCCUGCUCAUGGAGUGAACCUGUGGUUGUCAAUCUCAGUUUAUUUAAGAAACCAGUGUGAAAGUUAUUUUCUACAUAAUAUAUUGUAUAAAUACCAUUUUUCCCCCCCGAAGCUGAAUAUUCGUUAGAUAUUUGGUUUCGGCAAUAUUUCUUUUUGAACACCAACACAUAACAACAUAUGAAAUCUGUCUAUGAUCGAGAGUUAUGGGCCCUGCUCCGCGUGGGGGACCCACUGCUUACUGAGACGGACACCAAAAAUAUUGUCAUAAAUAAUAACCAUCUUCCACUCUAUCUCACUACCGAACAAAGGGCUGGACAUUCUCAUGUAGUUACAAACUAUUUACAAAGUUAACAGAUUUUUCAGCAGGCAAUUUUUUUUCUUUGCUCUCUUUUUUUCUUCUUUCAAUUAAAUUUUAUAAAAAUGGAUGAAGUGAUGUGAUGAGAUGCUGGACAUAUCCUUUAGGUUUUGUUUGGAUUUGGUAAAAGGAAAAGGACACGAUCAUGUGAGUGGAAUAUUACGGUAAUCUCUGUUGCCAUAUGAAGUAUUAUUUAUAACUGAAACCUUUCAAAAUGCCCGUUGUUGUAAGAAUUACGCUCACUUUCAUAACUUGUGUGCUUGGAUAAAGGUGAAAAAAGGGGUGUGGGUGUGGUUGCUGUUUCUAUACUCAUAUCUGAGACAAAGUUUAUGAUGUGUCUUAAUAUUAUAACCAGUGGUGGUUACAAUAUUAGGCCGGUGGUAUAAACUUGCAGUGACCUCGAGUGAAAACAAUAUUGGGGUCAACAGACCACCUCACCAUGUAUUUACCUAAUCGUGUCAAUUAACGACCGUCACAUUGGGACAAUGUUCCAUCUUUCUUACCUGACUGUGACGAGGUAAGUCCUACCACCCCCUCCCUCGUCUCACCUGUUCAACACACACCUGUUAGAGUCUCAUUAGAAACAGUAUUUAUAGACAUCACACAGUCGCUGAGGCAAGGUGUUCCUUACAACAUUAAAGACAACUGACUACAAGCCAUGUUUUUUUUACAUGUAUUUGUUCUGUGUUUGUAUGAAAAUAAAAGUUUGAAACCAC